UGUGUGGUUUAGUUUCAGCUGGUUGAACUUUUUUUUAUUCAUUGAUAAAUAAAUAUAGCAAACAGACUGGUAACACUCGAUUCUUCAUUGUACUACAUAGGUUACAAUCAUUGUAGUUUUGUGUGUCAUUCAUCGUAGAAAAAAAGUCUACUAGAUGUUACCCACUGAAUAGAUGCUAGUUGGACAAUGGAGACGUUGAAUUUCAACAUCAGUCGCAUUAGCAAUCUCUGACCUUGUGUAACAAAUUUGUACUGGCACUCUCCGGCAGUGUGAUUGAAUGAGUUAGUGGCGUGAUACAAAGACACUUGUUAUCAUUUUUGGUUCCUUUUUCUGUUUUCUAUUAAGUGUAAAUGAUAAGUUCUUUUAUUCGAAAUUGUGCGUUGGCUCGUUAUAAAUGUAAAACGGUUGCUUUAUUCGAAUUAUCCAGCAGAAGGAUGAGCGAGAAGCAGGACAACAUUCUAAAUGCAGCUGAUAGUUGGUUCAACAAGUAUGCUGCAGUCGAAGAUGCUCCCGAAGGGAUUUUCAAAGGGGUAUCUGAUAGAUUUAAUGGCAUAACUGUUGACUCAAAUCUAGAAACAUGUCUUCCAGAUAAGUUCACUUCAAUAUUGCAAAAAUCUCUUGCAUACUGGACGGAAAGUCGAAAACGAGGCAUAUGGUUUAAGGUGCAUUUGAAUUCUAGUCACUGGGUACCAGAAUUGGUUAAUAAUGAUUUCAAGUUCCAUCACGCCAAAGAAAACUUCGUCACCAUGUACCGUUGGUUGCCGUCGGAUGAAAGCGUUAAUAUUCCGCCGUAUGCCCACACCAUGGUCGGAGUAGGAGCCAUCGUUGUAAACAAACAAAACCAAAUCUUGGCGGUUAGUGAGAAAAAUGCUUUGAUAAAAAAUUCCUGGAAACUACCCGGGGGUUACGUAGAACCAUCUGAAAAUUUCGUGGAAGCCGCAAUUCGGGAGGUGCAAGAGGAAACGAGUAUUAUGACGAAAUUCGAUACGGUCAUUGCGAUAAGGCAUGCUCAUAAUGCUGGUUUUGAAUGUUCUGAUCUCUACAUUGUGAUGGCUCUUACACCGGAGAACAAAGAAAUCAAAAAAUGCGAACGCGAAAUUUCCAAGUGUGAGUGGAUGAACAUUGAUGAUUAUUUAAACCAUCCAAAGGUGCACGAGACAAACCGAAACUUUCUUCGUCUUUAUUUGAAGUACAAAGAAAAUGGAAUAACACUGACAUGCAAGGACGAAGUUCAUCAAAUUUUGAAAAAGCAGUACAAUAUUUAUUCGGUCGACCUGACUGAGAAAAAGUGUUGAUUAAAUAAAAGGCAGGAAAUCCAAUGUUACAGUUUUGUCGAUUGAUAGGGCAUUGUGUUGUGUUUGGUUGUAGAUUUCCAAAUAUAUUUUCAAAUAUU